AACAGUGUAUUGGCUAUAGCUCUGGGCCUAUUCAACAAAGAUUGGAUUGCUGUUAAUCAUCAUUGGAUUCAACGUAAAUAUUUAUCAAGAAAGAAAAUUCUUCAAAGCCAUUUAAAAAGACAAAAAAUUAGAACUUUCAUUCAUUGUUUGAGAGAACUCCAUCAUGGGAUGUAAACAUUCAAAAGGUGCGAUCCGAAUUCAGCCUGUGGGACCGGCUGAAAUCCGGAGAGACAAUUCUAAACUGAAGAAAUGCAACAGUGAUAUGAACAUAGAGGUAGAUCCCAGCCGCAGGGCCGGGAAAAAGAGCGCUAUGCGCCGGACAAAAUCCCAGAAAUCCACCGGGAGUCAUCUAACAGCGUCGUGUGCCAGUCUGGACUCUCAGCUUUCCUAUACCGACUCUCCCCGGGGACAAAGUGCCACUUCUAAAGUCUCUAAACAUAGCACAGACUCAGGACUCGGGGAGGAGUACGCCCACGUAAUCACGGAGUUCUCCCCCGAAAGCGAUAUCCAGAAAAUUGAGGAGGAAUUUCGGGAGAAUGAAGGACUCGAUUUGGGGAUUUCUGGAACGGCAAUCCCUGUGCGAACGAGUGCCAAAGACCGCGAGAGGAUGCAGGAAGCCAUGAUUAUGCAGGCCUUGAGAGAGGAGGGGCUAAUUGCCCGACCUCAGGCCCAAGGCGCUUCUGGGGUCAGUUUUGAAAUAACAGAAGACGGCGCUAUGAUGAGGCGACCACCUCCACGACUAGAAAAGCUGGAGAAAAGAAGAAAGAAGAAGAGGGCACUAACUGAGGAUGAGAUCAAAGAGAAACUAGAGAGAGCAGAAAGGAGAAAAAGGAGGAAAGAACAGGAACGCUUAGAAAAAAUCAAAGAAAAAGAAAGGACAAAUCCAAAUGAUGCACUAGAGGCGUUUGCACAGAUGCAAAAAGAAAAAGAGGAACAAGUGAACAAAAAAUUAGACUCUGUUUCCGACAAACGGGAGAAAAUGCUGAAGGAGAGACAGGAGAGACAAAAAGAAAGACAGAGACGGGCCGAGCUAGUCCGGCAACGAAAACAAAUGGCUUCCAUGGAAGCCAAUGACCAAGAAGAUGACGUCAUACCCACCGGAAAUCAACUAGAUCGAUCCUAAUC